AUGAAUCAAAUCGAAGCAGAAUUGGGUGUGUUAACACCCAUAGCAAUCUUCGUACCAGCUUAUACUCGUGCAGAAAUCGUUACAAUAUUGCAAAACAUGUUUGCUCAACAACAAGGUCUUCUUCCAACAUCAGUUAGUCAAAUACAAAUCAUUAUUGAACUAGCACUUCAGAUUUUCUAUGCAGUCACAAACGAUCUGAUAGAAUUAAAAGACAUGUCGACAAUGUGUAUCAAAGAUUUCUUACGUAACAGUGUGAAGAAACAAACAAGUGAUGAUGGAAGCAACAACGACUAUCGUAUACUUUAUCAAAAGGAGUUCUUCACACAAGUUCUCAACUCUGUCUAUACUCGUUCAAUGAGUAUUCCAAAAUUUCUUGAUACACAUACGGCUGACGAAGAAACCAACGAGAAUUCCUCUCAUUUAACAUCGAUGGAUAGCAAAAGCAAUGCUCGUGAUCUUCCAACCUCAGCUAAAUAUUUGCUGAUUGCGAUCUACUUAGCUACACAAAAUCCGGUGAAAUACGAUCGAAUGCUUUAUGAUAAACAAGGUCAGGGCAAAAAGAGCCGACGAGGAAAGAUCAUGCAUAAACGAGCACAACUCGAUACAGCAAAAAUCGAAUAUUUACCACUGUCAUCGAAUAAGCCUAUCGGAUUGAAUCGUCUCUUGGCUAUUUACUGUUCUUUACAAGGCGAUACAGUUCCUUUAACCAAUCAAAUUUAUAUACAAUUAGCUUUAUUAACUUCCAUGCGUUUGAUUGAACUUGUCGGAGGAUCGAAUGAAAGUGGAAUUAUAAAUUUAAAUGAACCAAAAUAUCGUUGUACAAGCUCAAGUGAUUGCAUUCGACGUCUCGCGGCAUCAAUCGACUUCAAAAUCGAUGAUCUUCUUCUUGUCUGA